CGGGAACACCGGUGCUGUCGGUAAUACCGGGAACACCGUACCAGCUGCCGGUAAUCCUGGGAAUACCGUGACACCGGGACUGCCCGGGCUGCCGGUACCGCGGAGCCGGGUAAGCGGGCGGAGGAAGCGGCGCAGCCCCGGCGGAGCAUCGGGACCCCCGCAGGCACCGAGCGGGACCUGAGGGGGAUCCUCAGGGGGACACGGACCGGCGGGUCCGUGCUGGAAGCGGGGCCCGGGCUGGGGUCGUCCAGCCUGGAGCGAUGGGGAGGACCGGGGAGCCCCGGGGGGGACUGUGCUCCUCCUGCCCCCGAACCCCCCGGCUGGGCUGCGAGGGGUCUCUGCGAGCAGGAUCGGGGCGGGAGGGGAUGGGGAGCAGCCGGUUUGGGCCGUCCCAUCCUCUGGCCGGUAGCGGGGCAAGGGUGUCCCGGGGAACCCCUGGAGAGGACUCCCUGACUCCUGGCCCUGGAGCCAUGGCCCCUUCCCGGGUCACCCAGUGCCACCUGCUGGGGUGGCAGCGGUGGCACUGGGGCUGUCACGGUGGCUUUUGCUCCCCUGCGGUUUCACCGUCGCAGCCCGGGGCCGGCAGUGAUGGGUAGAAGCUGGCAAGGCUCAUCCAAGAGGUGUGAUCCAGUUACAGCCCGGCUACUCUGCCUGGCACUCCCCGAGGCUUUGUCUCCAGUAGGGAAGUGAUCCGGGGCUGUGGCAGCCCGGGACAUGCCCAGGAUCUUCUCUGCUGCCUGAGGAGAAGCACAUCUCCUCCUCCACACUGGUGUGGGUGGCCAGCAGAGCUGAGCCAUGCUCAUUCCUCCACCUCUCCCCCAGGAUCCGGGUCCCCAGCUCAGCCUGAGAUGCACCUCGGCACUGGGAGCACUGGUUGCAGGCUGGUGGGAGCAGCCAUGAGGGACAUGCUUGGAUCUGGAUGCCUUGGGAGCCUUGUCCAACUCGCCUGGAUGUGCCUGUUCUCCGUGCCGCACGGCGGGGCCAAGGUGCUGGAGAAGACCUUUGAGGAGUGGCUGCGGUACCGUGACGAGUGUCUGAGGAGGAUGGCGAGCGAGCCCUACCCCGCAGGGCUGUUCUGCAACCGGACAUUCGACAUGUAUGCCUGCUGGCCCGACGGGAGCCCUGGCACCGCUGUGAACGUCUCCUGCCCCUUCUACCUGCCCUGGUUUGAGAAAGUGAAACACGGGCUGGUGAGUCGCCGGUGCGGUGCCGACGGGCAGUGGGUGAUGGUGAAUGGCAGCCAGCCCUGGAGGGACUACUCACAGUGCGAGGAGGAGAUGGAGGUCACCGCUGAGGAGGAGGGUGCCCACAGGCUGAUGGUGAGCUUCAAGGUGCUCUACACCGUGGGGUACUCGCUGUCACUCCUCACUCUCAUCUCUGCCCUGCUCGUCCUCACCGUCUUCAGGAACCUCCGCUGCACCAGGAAUUACAUCCACGCCAACCUUUUCGCCUCCUUUGGCCUGCGGGCGACCUCGGUGAUGGUGAAGGACGCGCUGCUGGAGCGGCGCUGGGGCGUGGAGCUGCUGCAGGUGGCUGACUGGGAGAACCUGCUGAGCCACGAGGCUGCGCUGGGGUGCCGGGUGGCGCAGGUGCUGAUGCAGUACUGCAUCCUGGCCAACCACUACUGGUUCCUGGUGGAAGCCAUCUACCUCUACAAGCUGCUCAUCGGGGCCGUGUUCUCCGAGAAGAAUUACUACAGGCUCUACCUCUACCUGGGCUGGGGGACCCCCGUGGUGUUCGUGGUGCCCUGGAUGGCUGCCAAGUACUUGAAGGAGAAUGCAGAGUGCUGGGCACUGAACGAGAACAUGGCUUACUGGUGGAUCAUCCGCAUCCCCAUCCUGCUUGCCUCCCUGGUGAUCCUGGCCAAGCUCCGAGCCAACCAGAAGGGCUACGCUGACUACAAGCUGCGGCUGGCCAAAGCCACCCUCACCCUCAUCCCUCUCUUCGGUAUCCAUGAGGUUGUCUUCAUCUUCGCCACCGAUGAGCAAACCACGGGCAUCCUGCGCUACAUCAAGGUGUUCUUCACCCUCUUCCUCAACUCCUUCCAGGGUUUCCUGGUGGCCGUGCUGUACUGCUUUGCCAACAAGGAGGUGAAGUCUGAGAUGAAGAAGAAGUGGCAGCUCUGGAAGCUCGACUACCCAGUGCUCUGCUGUGCCCAGUGAUGCAGUGACUGCCCUGAGCCAGGGCACAGGGGCUGCUGUUCACCACGGGCACGAGGGCCCAGCUGGAGGGUGGGGGAUUGUGGGGAGCUGUGCUGGGCAGUGCCCACCUGGGGUGUCCAGGCUGGGACCAGCGUUUGGCUGUGCCACACUGGAGCUGCUGGAAGGGACAUCCCCCCACUGUGGUCCAAGGGGGAGAUGGGCACCCCAGACAUUGCCAGGCAUCGUUGCCUCCUUGGGGGCCUCACCUUGCCUGGGCUUGGGGGCUGCGUGGGCAGCAGGAACUGCUUCCUACCACCACCUGUGCACCAUCAGCAACCCCUGCCAGCACCCACCAGCUGUGUGCAGGGGAACCCCCUGCCCACCCACUGCCCAGGCACAUGUGGGAGGGGAUCACGGCAGCUGGAGGGAGCCUGACCCUCAGCAGUGGGAACGGGAGACUUUGUUCAGCCUGGCACUGCUGCAUGGACCUGCUGCCCCUCUGCCCAAACCCUCCUGUGGCACCAACACAUCAGGACAGGCAUCCCUGUCCUCCCCUCCUUGUCCUACCCAAGGACCAUCUCACCAAUCCCCUGACAGCUCCCAGACAUCCACGGUCAUCUUGUGAAGCUCUUCUCAGUGAGGUGCUGCUUCUGCACCUUCUCUCCAUCCUCAUCACGGACACAGAACGUGGCUCCAGCACCCACCUCCUCCUCGCUGCUCUCCAGCUGCACACACUGCUUGGUUCCUCCUCUCCAAGCCCCUUCUGCAGCAGGUCCCCCCUGCUGUGGGCAGAGCCAAGGAUGGAGCCUCAAAGUCACAAGGGAGUGAAGGAUUUGAGAGUAGCAGCUUGCGGGAGCUGGAGCCAAGCCCAACCUUCUGGAUCCCAAUCCAGCCCAACCACCCCCUCCUCUGCUGGGGGAGAGCUGGGCAGGCCCAGACAGGAGCCACGCUCUGUUUUGGUGGCAAAAGGCUGACUCAGGGAGUUCACUUUCCUGUGAGGUGCCAAAGCAUCAGCCCACCCUCUCCAAGCAGCCUGUGAAGCCCAGGAAGCUCAGGAGCACUGACACCUCUGCCUUGGCAAGGGAGGCAUCUGAGGCAGAGUGAUUUGAGUGGGGCUGCACAUGCCUGCCUUCCAGCUCCUGUCCUGGUCCUGUGUUCUCCUGGAAGAGCCAGGAGCAGCCACAGUCACCACCAUCACCUUGGGUCCUUGCUGUUACCCUCAGGAGCAGGACAGACAUGCUCCCGAGUACUUGUUCCUAACCAGGUUCCUUCCUUUCUCUUGCAAAAAAGGCCCCUCCAGGCUGGAGGAAGCAGCUGGGACUCUCCAGCACAUGCACAUGGACACAGAAGGUUCUCCAGCUCCUGCCCCUUCCCUGACAGGCUGGGGGAGUCUCACAGAGAGGCUGUCUCAAGCACACCAACAAAAGAGGUUGUGCCAUGCUGGAGUCACACAGGAGUUGUCCUGGAUUGAUGUAGCCCCCAUGAGACCAUUUUACACAUUAACUCUUUUCAGAUGUAAAUAAAUGUUUAUUUUUCAGCAA